AUGAAUCGGUUUCUGUGCCUGCUGGCUGCAGGUCUUUACCUGUGUCUGCAGAGCCAGGCAAACGCUGAAUAUCAAUUGAGCAGGGGUGAAAUUGAAAGGGCGGUGAUCGCAGCCAAGGCCAAUGUGGACUCAGCUUAUGAAUAUUCUAGGCGGGAGAGCAUUGAGCGUGUGAAGCGGAAUACAGCGAGUCCUUCAGACAUCCUGCGGCUUUUGAAGCAGCCUGUGGGCCCUACUCGUGACGCUGUGCGUGCUGCUGACUACAUGUAUAACACCAUGGAACUACUCAAGUUGUCUCACGGAAGACGCCACAAACGCUCCAUCAAUGCCACAGACCUGAUCUCUGAGGAGGAUCUGCAAGUCAUUGCUGAUCUGACAGGCUGUUCUCCCCGACAUCGUGUCCCCUCUUGCAAGAGAACUCCAGAUCUAGACAGGUUUCGCACUGCAAGCAGCGUCUGCAACAACAGGGAAAACACCCGCUGGGGAUCUGCCAACACACCUUUCACCCGCUGGCUGCCUGCUGAGUACCAGGAUAAAAUCUCACUGCCCAAAGGCUGGGACCCCGAACGUAAAGUCAACAGACACAUUCUGCCUUUGGUGAGAGAAGUAUCCAACCGUAUUCUUCGUACAGCCAAUGCUGAUGUGGAAAGCGACCCACUCUACACUCACCUGGUGGUCAUCUUCGGCCAAUGGACUGACCACGAUCUGACCUUCACUCCUCACUCUCCUGUCAUCCGCUCUUUCAGUAACGGCAUCGACUGUGACAAGAGUUGUGAGCGCACAGAGCCCUGCUUCCCCAUCCAGAUUCCCAAGGGAGACCCCCGCUUUAGCCGAAACUCACACGAGUGCAUGCCCUUCUUCCGUUCAACAGCCGGUUGUGGAUCUGGCAACACAGGCCAUCUUUUUGGGGCGAGCACUACCCGUCAGCAGAUGAACUCUCUCACGUCUUUCAUUGAUGUGGGUCAGGUGUACGGCUCAGAGGAUGUCAAAGCUCGCUUCCUCCGGGACCUCACCACAGAUAAGGGUCUGUUGAGGGUCAACACACGAUUCAAUGACAGCGGCCGUGAACUUCUGCCCUUCACCAACAUGGGAGCCAACAUGUGUCGAAGCCGUGCACGCAUUACCAAGGACGUUGAUGCCGAAGAGGUGCCCUGCUUUCUAGCUGGUGAUGAGCGGUCCAAUGAAAACAUUGGUCUGACCUCUUUACACACGCUGUUGAUGCGUGAGCACAAUCGUCUGGCACGUGCUCUGGCCGAAAUCAAUCCCCACUGGAAUGGAGAGAGACUCUAUCAGGAAGCACGCAAGAUCAUGGGAGGAUACUUCCAGGUUCUCACUUACAGAGAUUACUUACUCCACAUUGUUGGUCCAGACUUCAUUGCAAGCCAGUUGUCCACCUACCCUGGUUAUAAUGAAACCUUGGACUCUAGCAUCUCCAAUGUGUUCGCCACAGCUGCCUAUAGAUUUGCUCACCUGAUGGUUCAGCCUUUAAUGUUCCGUCUUGAUGAGAAGUACCGGGAGCACAGAGAUUACCCCAGCCCAAUGCUGCACAAAGCCUUCUUCGCACCAUGGAGGAUCAUCUUUGAAGGUGGUUUGGACCCAAUCCUGAGGGGGCUGGUGGGUCGCCAGGCCAAGCUGAACACUCAGGAUCAUAUGAUGAAUGAAGAUCUGAGAGACAGGCUGUUUAAAUUCUCCACUGAGUUGGCACUGGAUCUGGCUGCCCUGAAUCUGCAGAGAGGCAGGGACCAUGGACUGCCUGGCUACAACAAAUGGCGUAGGUUCUGCGGACUGUCAGAACCAAGAAAUCUGGAAGAGCUGGCUGAGGUGUUGAACAACACUCAACUGGCAAAGAACCUGCUGGAUCUCUAUGGGCGACCUGACAACAUUGAUGUGUGGCUGGGAGGAGUUGCAGAGCCUUUUGUCCGUGGAGGAAGAGUGGGACCCCUGUUUGCCUGCCUGAUUUCCACUCAGUUCCAGAGGAUCCGAGAGGGAGACCGACUUUGGUGGGAGAACGAUGGAGUCUUCACUGAAACCCAGAGAGAGUCUCUGAGGGAUACAUCACUUGCCCGCAUCAUCUGUGACAACACUGGUAUCACUGAAGUACCAGAAAGACCCUUCCAAUACCGGCCCCGCGGAUCUGGUUACACCCAGUGCAAGAACAUCCCUGCCUUUGACCUCAGCCCAUGGAAAGAAGAUGGUCAAAAGUCAGGUGGAGCCCAGGGGCCACCAGGACCUCGAGGGCCCCGAGGUCUGACAGGCCCCGCUGGACCUCCUGGCAGUGUGGACAAAGUGGCCUUCUCUGUACGACUGGGCAACAACUUCCCCAAAGCUGGCACUCCCAUCAUCUUCCGUGAUGUCAUCUACAACGGACAGGACAGCUAUGACAUCAAGACUGGGUUUUUUAUCUGUGAGCAUCCAGGCGUCUAUGAAUUUCAGUUCCACUGUACGAUCUAUCAGAAUGCUGCCAGUGUAGAUCUGAUGCGUAACGGAUAUCUGGUUCUGCACUCGUUCACCACCCGGCAGAGCGGUUACAUCACAGCUAGUGGCAGCACGUACAUAAAGCUAGAGAAGGGAGACAAGGUCUGGCUGGUGGCUAACCAUGGUGGAAAUGGUCUGACCAGAGACAGCUUCUUCUCAGGUCACCUGCUGUUCACUGAGUAG